AUGAGAUUUCUUCCAAGAUUCUGUCUGUUGUUGAUGUCGUCUGCGGCGGCCGCUGGGGGGGAGACAUGUUCACCAACCCAGCGCCAUAAGUUCGAUCUAGUCAUCGUUGGGGGUACUGGAGCUGGGGUGGCCGCAGCCAUCCAAGCUUCAAGGCUGAACCUGUCGGUGGCACUGUUGGAGGAGAGUGCUCACAUUGGCGGCAUGGUCGUCGAAGGAGCCGGUGGUGCCGAUCUCGAUUCACAGCCUAAUUUCCAAAACUCACUGACGAUUGGACCAAUGGUACUUGAGCUGUACAGACGUGUCAUCUCAACAUACGGCCCAGAUCGACUACGUGGGUUUAAUGAGGCUUGGGCUAACCAUGUGAAAGACAAGAGCCUGUGGCGAUAUGAGAGUCAUAAAGGCGAGCAGGCCAUCCUGGACUGGCUGGAAGAGGAAGAGAACAUCCAAGUCUUUAUCAACACCUCUCUCAGAGGAACAGGCAACGGCCAGGGCGUGGUGAAGAACGGUACCUCAAUUACUCACAUUAUCACAGAAGACUGUCAGCACUUCUCAGCGCCUUACUUUAUUGAUGCCACCUAUGAGGGUGACCUCUUCGCUUCUGCUGGUGUUAACUACGUGGUUGGACGAGAGUCGGUUAACGACUUUGAUGAACCCAUGGCGGGUAUACGUCUCGAUUCCACGUAUUCCAAUUUCCAAGUGCCUGUCGAUCCUUUCAAUGAGAAAGGAAACCCUAGCAGUGGUUUGAUACCGACUGUACAGCCAGAUGCUCUUGGUGAACAAGGCGACGGUCAUCAAUUCCACAGCGACAAUCAGAUUCAAGCCUAUUCCUGGCGUCUGUGCCUUACAAAUCGUACCGACAAUCUCGUACCAUUCGAAAAACCUGAUGAUUAUAAUGCGUCGCAGUAUAUUAUCUACAGUCGAUACAAAGAGGCUGGCGGUGAAAUCUUCUCGCCACCAGUCGUUGUACCAAACGAAAAGACAGACUUGAUCGGAAGUACACCCCUUGGUCUCGGGUUCGAUAUGCCUGGACGCACCCUCAAGUACCCUGAGGCCGACCGGGCUACUCGUCUACGCCUGCUGAAGAAGCUAGAGAAUUGGCAACGAGGACAACUUUACUACCUCGCUAAUGACCCUGCUGUACCUGAAGAGGUCCGCGCGGAAUGGAGCAGUUGGGGUUAUGCUAAGGACGAGUUCACCGACAAUGCCCAUUUUCCCCGCCGCAUGUACGUCCGUGGCGUGCGUCGCAUGAUGCGUGACGACGUAGUCAUCACUUCUAGGUGGCACAACUACGAUAUUCCUGCCGUCGAGGUUGCGGAUCCAGUUCUGGUUAAUCUAUGGCCAAACGAUGUCCAUGCCGUACGCCGGGUCGUGAAGGAUGGUGCUGUCUACGAUGACGGAUUCAUCUGGAACGAGGGCCCACCCUGGAAGCCAUUCCUAGUUCCAUUCAAAGCCAUCGUCCCACAUGCCUCUCAGUGCAGCAAUUUAUUUACACCUGGAUCGCCGUCUAGCACUCACUUAGGACAUGGGCUAGUUCGUACAGAGCAUACCUUUACAACCCUCGGCCAGGUCAGCGCUUUCGCAGCUUCUAUUGCUAUUAAAGAGAGCUGUGCAAGUGCAGAAGACGUUCCGUAUUAUCUAAUCAGGGAAAAGCUAGAAGAAGCGGGAUUUCUACUAGACCUAACAGCUAAUGGCAUUCCUCAGAAGGUUAUUAGUCCUAUAAGAGACUAA